UGAAGGAGAGAACCAGUUCACAGACGCGUGAGCAUGUACACACGCAAAUAAACAAAGAAAUAAUCUUUUUAAAAUAGACAAAUAAUUUAUGUUUUACUUCAUCCAUGGAAUUCUUCCUCUCUUUAUUAAAUAAUCACUUAUUUUUAUUUUAUGUGUGUAGGUGCUUCUCUUGUAUGUAUGACUGUGUACUCUAUGCCUGAUGCAGUGGAACCCGAAGAGGACAUUAGCUCCCCUGGUACUGGAGCUACAGAUGGCUGUGAGCUGGCGACUGGAUGCUGGCCAUUGAACCCAGGCCCUCUGCCACCGAGGCCCAUGUGACCAUUCUCUAAAAUGCUUAAGCUCGAAGCUCUCUGAGAGAAAGCUGCCAGGCUCCUGGCUGCCUGCGGGACGAGGACCUCUGGAGAAGCCAGUCCUGGGGCCACGUGGUGCCGUCAUGCCGCUGUUCAGCCCUCAGAGCAGCCUCCACUCAGUCCGCACAGAGCACAGCCCACUGAAGCCCAGGGUGGUGACGGUGGUGAAGCUGGGUGGGCAGCCCCUCCGCAAGGCCACCCUGCUCCUCAACCGGCGCUCAGUGCAGACCUUUGAGCAGCUCCUAUCGGACAUCUCCGAAGCCUUGGGCUUCCCACGCUGGAAGAACGACCGCGUGCGGAAGCUGUUCACCCUCAAGGGCCGGGAGGUCAAGAGUGUGUCUGACUUCUUCCGGGAGGGUGAUGCUUUCAUAGCUAUGGGCAAAGAGCCACUGACAUUGAAGAGUAUCCAGUUGGCAAUGGAGGAGCUGUAUCCUAAGAACCGGGCUCUUGCCCUGGCCCCUCACAGUAGAGUCCCCUCCCCAAGGCUGAGAAGCAGACUUCCCAGCAAGCUUCUGAAAGGAAGUCACCGCUGUGGGGAGGCAGGAAGCUAUAACGUGGAAAUGGAGAGUAAGGCAGUCCCUAGGCAUCAGGGCAAGACUUCCACAGAGCUGGCCCGGGAAGACAAGGCGAGGGCCCAGAAGUGGCUAAGAGGGAAACAGGAGUCAGAACCUGGUGGCCCGCCUUCACCGGGGGCAGCCACUCAGGAGGAGACUCUUGCAAGUGGAGAGAAGCAUCUCGGGGUGGAGAUUGAGAAGACCUCCGGGGAGAUCAUCAGGUGUGAGAAGUGUAAGAGAGAAAGAGAGCUGCAGUUGGGCCUGCAGAGGGAGCCCUGCCCGCUGGGAACCAGUGAGCUGGACCUGGGAAGGGCUCAGAAGAGGGAUUCCGAGAAGUUGGUGAGGACCAAGAGCUGCAGGAGGCCUUCUGAGGCAAAAUCUACAGAUGGAGAGGAAGGGUGGAAGGGUGACAGCCAUCGGGGCAGUCCCAGGGACCCCCCUCAGGAACUGAGGAGGCCCAACAGCAACUCAGACAAGAAAGAGGUCAGAGGCUCAGAAGGUCAGGACAGUCAUCCUCAGGGGGCACCGAAGGCCCAGAAGGACCUCGUGGAGGGUCCACCAGCUGUAGAGGAGGGGCCGGUAGACAUGAGGAGAGACGACAGGCACACAUGCAGGAGCAAGCAUGCUGCCUGGCUCCGGAGAGAGCAGCAGGCCGAACCUCCACAGCUCCCCAGAACACGAGGGGAGGAGAAGCAAGCAGAGCAGGAGAAGAAGCCAGGCGGCUUAGGAGAGAGGAAGGCGCCAGAGAAGGAGUCGAAGAGAAAGCUGGAAGAGAAGAGGCCAGAACGACCCAGUGGCCGGAAGCUGAGGCCCAAGGGCAUCAUCUCAGCGGAUGUGCAGAAGCACUAUGACAUAGGUGGGGUCAUUGGGGAUGGCAACUUUGCCACCGUGAAGGAAUGCAGGCACCGAGAGACCAAGCAGGCUUACGCCAUGAAGAUUAUUGACAAGUCCCAGCUGAAGGGCAAGGAGGACAUUGUCGACAGUGAGAUUUUAAUCAUCCAGAGUCUCUCUCAUCCCAACAUAGUGAAACUGCAUGAGGUCUACGAGACGGAGGCGGAGAUCUACCUGAUCAUGGAGUAUGUGCAGGGAGGGGACCUUUUCGAUGCCAUCGUUGAAAAUGUGAAGUUUCCAGAGCCCGAGGCUGCAGUUAUGAUCACAGACUUGUGUAAGGCCCUCGUCCACAUGCACGACAAGAAUAUUGUCCACCGGGAUGUGAAGCCGGAAAACCUCCUGGUUCAGCGAAACGAAGACAAGUCUAUCACCUUGAAGUUGGCUGAUUUUGGCCUGGCCAAAUAUGUGGUGAGACCUAUAUUUACUGUGUGUGGGACACCAACAUACGUAGCUCCUGAAAUUCUUUCUGAGAAAGGUUAUGGUCUGGAGGUGGACAUGUGGGCAGCAGGUGUGAUCCUAUACAUCCUCUUGUGUGGCUUUCCCCCUUUCCGAAGUCCUGAGAGGGACCAAGACGAGCUCUUCAACAUCAUCCAAGUGGGCCAGUUUGAGUUCCUCUCUCCUUACUGGGACAACAUUUCUGACGCUGCCAAAGAUCUGGUGAGAAAUUUGCUGGAGGUAGACCCUAAGAAGCGGCACACGGCCGAACAGGUCCUACAGCAUCCCUGGAUUGAGAUGGUUGGGCAUCCCAACACAGUGAACCCACAGAAGGAGGAGUCCCCCAACAGUGAGGGUCAUUUCCAGAGCCAGCACAAGAAGGUUGCAGAGCAGAUGUCAUAAUCCUGCCUGGGACAUCUACCCAGCCUGGUCUCCUUGAGGACAGAGACGAGAGGGCCGUCUAGUCUGCAAGCAAGACUGUGCAGGGCCCGUCUCCAUGGAGCUGGGGAAGGAGAAGAGUCACCUGGCAUACUUUAAAGAGUGUUUGAAAGCAACGCCCUAACGUUGAACAAUGUAUGAUAUUUUUAGAUUUGUAUAUCUGAAGUCUUUAAUACCUCUUGGGUAAGAGUUGCAACGAAUGAGGAUUUUUGAUAAUAAUGACGGAUUCUGUUUUCUCCUUGUAGUCACAUCCAUGGUAGGCUACAGGAGUGUGCUUCACAUCGCUCGAGCUCCCCCCCCCCCCACAGUGAAUGAGGUGAUUCCUGGCUUUUUUAUCUCAAUAAAACACAAUGAAUAACAGA